AUGAACAGGCAGAGGGAGGUAUGGGGUCUUCAUAACUCCGUUCUCUGUUCGCCAUCGGGGGCAGGGGGCUGGGAGGAGGAGUUGGCCGUCUGGUCUGGAUCCGGGAUGCUGGCUUCCUUGCUGCUGCAAGACCAGGGGUGGUCUCUCCACCACAGGGAAAAGGGCAACAUCUCCUGGGUUUGGGGGCAGAUUGCCCCUCUGAGGGUGAUGGUGCCUGGACCUUGGGUAUGUAACAGCUCAUUCCCGCCAGCUCAUGGCUGCUUGGAGGGGCCUGGCGCCUAUGGCUUGGUCGGGCCCCUUCAGGGGAUGGAGGGCCCUCAGUCCUCUGGGCCUGGGGCUCAGUCCACUCUGGCACAGCUGGCUGCUGGCAGAGCCUGCGGGCAUGUCCCCCAGCAGCCCCCUGUGGCUUCUGCGCCGUGGCUGCUGGGUGACCCCUCAUCUGGAACUGUUCACAGCUCUUUCAAGGAGGGUGGAUUUGCUGGCCCUCUGGUGAUCCUCCGUGGGCUCUCGCACUCUGGACGGCCUCUAGAUGUCUGGGGCCUGGAUCUCCUCCAUGCCUGCUUCAUGUUCCUGGGGGAUUACAGUGAAGACACAACGCAGGGGGACAGAAUACAGCUCAUCAUAAACUCCUCAAAGGUUUCAUACUUCACACUUGCUGCUUACUUCGACACCAGUACUUUGAAAUAUUUCUGUUUCACGGUUGUUUUGUCUUUAUACUUAUUGAUUCUUUGUGCCAACGUCCUGCUGAUUGUGGUUAUCUGUGUGAACAGAAGCUUACAUGAACCUAUGUACAUGUUUCUGUGCAGCCUGUUUGUGAAUGAGCUGUAUGGUAGUACAGGGCUGUUUCCGUUCCUCCUGCUUCAGAUCCUCUCUGAUGUUCACACUGUUUCUGCUCCUCUGUGCUUCCUGCAGAUCUUCUGUGUUUUUUCUUAUGUCUGUGUUGAGUUUUGCAUCUUAGCCGUCAUGUCCUAUGACAGAUACCUCGCCAUCUGCUGUCCUCUCCAAUAUCACACACGUAUGACGCCUGCGACGGUUGUCUUGCUGAUUGCACUUUCCUGGUUAUACUCUUUUCUUACCAUUCUUACUUUGAUCUUACUGAUCGCUCCUCUGGAGCUGUGUGGGAACGUCAUUAACAAGGUUUACUGUUUGAACUACUCCAUUGUGAAACUGGCCUGCUCUGAAACCACAGCAAAUAACAUUUAUGGUCUUUUUAUCACAGCUCUCACAGUGUUUGUUCCAGUUAUUUUAAUUCUUUGCUCAUACGUGAGGAUCCUGAAAGUCUGUUUUUCUGGAUCCAAACAAACCCGACAGAAAGCCGUCAGCACCUGCACGCCUCACCUGUCGUCUCUGCUAAACUUCUCUUUUGGUGUUUGCUUUGAAGUGAUCCAGAGCAGGUUCAGUCUGAGCAGUAUGCACAGCAUGGUGCACAUUGUUUUAUCGCUGUACUUUCUAACCUGCCAGCCGCUCUUUAACCCCGUACUGUACGGACUGAACAUGUCCAACAUCCGCAAACGUCUGUUUGCUCACAAAAGGAGAUAACUGCAGAAGCAAAAUCAUCAUCA